UUGUUUAAUUGUAUUGAUCUCUAUUUAUUUUCGAGCAAAAUAAAUUUUUGAAACAUCUGUUUUUCAAAUUCCGCUUGUAUACUUUUUAUUGCAUAUGUUUCAUGAGUUUUGAUGUUUUCUCAUGUAUUUGGCGUAUAGUUUUUAUCUUUGUAAAAUUGUUCCUCGGGAUUUCCGCAAAGUUGAUCUUCUCGUAACGGACACGGUUGGCUACUCUCGAUUGAGAAUUGCAAAGUUAAACAAAUUAGCAUACUGACGAGUUGACUUCAACUCGGUAACUUCGACGCGCGUACAUCGGUAUGAAAGCAAUCAGUGUCAGGUGGGCUGAGGUCGCUAAUCUUCCGGUCCGCGCUGCUCAGGGAUGCGCGUGAGUCGUAAAAAUGCAACGUGACGUACGUUCAUUGUCUUUUCGAAAAGCCGGCUAUUUGCGUUACAUCAUUGUCGAGCCAAGGUCGAGGGCAUCUGCAAUAUAUUCAUAGUAGUCUAGAGAUAGUGCGCGAAGAAUCAAACACCGGGAAUGAUAAGAGCGAGAUGUCGCGGUCUAUCUCGUUAUUUUUGCCUUCUGUGAGAUGGCAGACUUCGUCAAGAGAGGUAGUGUGCAGUUCGUCAAACGUGGCAGUUGUCAAUUAAAGCUCGCUGCGAAAGAGGUUCGAGCGACUGUACGAGCGCGACACGUCGUCGCCGCGUUGGUCGCAGUUGGAUUUGCGCUCUGCGGCGCGGUCGAAGUCAGUUCCUCCGUCGCGCUGCUGGCAAAUCAGGAAGACAAUCAUGCCAUCAUUGACACAUCUUGGCACUGCGACAUGCUGGUCAAUAUCACCAGCCGCAAUCGCACCGAGGACUUCGAGGUUAUACUUUUGGAGCUGCCGCAGGAGGAGCGAGCGGAGUCGAUUAUGCGCGAGGCUUUCUUAUGGGGACAGGUGGCCGGGCCAAUCUUGGGAGGUUGCCUGGUAUGGGGUCGAUCCGGGCCCUCCAUGGUGUUCUCACGAGCGGUUCUUAGCGCCUGUUUAGCGUCCCUGUUAGUACCCGCCGCCUGGCGCGGACCGUCGCACGUCGCGCUACGCUUGUUCCAAGGAUUAUGUACCGGCGCGACCAUGCCCGCUGCUCACAUGUUCGCUAUGACCUGGUUUAAGAGCAACCACAGGAGCUGGUACUUCAGUUGUUACGCAGCCGUCAGCGUGGGUUAUUGCCUCACCGGAUGGCUGGGCACCGCGGUGGUGCGAACAUUCGGCCGUGAUUCUCUGUGCUACGGUCUGGUUCUCCUGGCUCUGUGCUGGUACUUCGCCUUCGGUCGAUUCGUCAAGGACACACCGAAAUCCUACCAACACGACACAACCGCGGCUGUAAUACCAUGGGGAAAACUUUUGAGAUCCGUGCCCGUCUGGGCGUCCGCGGUGGCGACCAUGGGAAAUCAAUGGGGCGAUGCGACGCUCGCUCUCGGCAUGACAAAGUACCUGAAACUCAUCUAUGGCUUCUCCACAGCUAACGAUUCAGUGCUAACCACAUUACCUCACAUCGGUCAUUUCAUGGCUGCGCUGACCUGCGGUCUUCUGGUCGACCACGUCCGCGAGUCUGGUAUAGUUUCCACAACCACCGCGAGAAAGUUGGUCGUCUACACAGCGCAUUUCAUCCCCGCGGCUCUCCUCUUCGUCGCCGGUUACGCCGGCUGUCAAGCCCUGGGUGCUGCCUGGCUGGGGAUAGCCGCCCUCCUCGUUUCCGGCACUGCACCGGCCGGUGCACUCGCUGCCAUAGCCGACCUCGCACCUGCGGAAUCGCCGGCGUGCGCCGCGGCGGCGUGCGCUCUUUGCUCCACGUUGGGAGCCGCGGGACUGCUGGCCGCCAAUUACUUCGUCACUCAGGCUCUUCAUGGCUCCAUCGCCGGCUCUUGGCGAUUGGUGUUUGGUGUCGCGUCUGUCGUCCUGUUAACGACCGCUGCGGUUUUCCUGGCUCUCGGCAAAGGUGUUCCGCAACCGUGGAUCCCGUCCGUGGCGAGACCGCGGAGUCACGAUGUGAUUUAUGAGCAGGACACGCUGGAGCUGGAUUACGAGGACGUAGGUGUGCAGACCGAGCCCUAUGGGCCGUAUGCGUUGGAGGACGACGUUGAGAGCUUGAAGAAUGUGCCUCGCUCUGCGUCGAUCACCUCGAAGGUCUCGGCGACCUCCAAUUAAAUCGCAAUCUGCCCCGGUGGGGAAUUUUCGUGCCACAUUUGCAUUUCGUCCUGUAGCAAGGAUAAUCUAUCCCUUCGCGAUCGUCGCGGUAGAAUCCAGUGUAUAGUGAUCACGUGCUGUGAAUACGCACGUAUGAUUAACACGAUGAAUGUACAUAACGUUUUAAGAGUAAGGAUUAUAAGGACACGAGAACAUGUUUUUAUACAAUUAACACUGAUUGUUCUCAAGGUAUACCACGAUGGUUGAAAAGAUUAAAACGGAAUAUAACAUAAUCAUUAAAAUCAAUGCAUUAAUGAAUUUAUUAUAAUUCACCAUUGUACGUAGGAAUUAUUUCAUUAUA